AUGGCGCCCUCCUCGACGGCCGCUCAGCGAAUCGAGGAAGCUCGGGCUCUUGCAAAGAGCGCCCCUUCCAAGGCUGAGAGUACCUACAAAGAGGCCCUGGCUCAAGGCCCGGGAUCAUCAGAAGCUUCAUCUCGUAACUACGAGAAUGCUCUGGUUGGAUUGGGGGAGUUGUAUCGAGAUGAGAAGAAACCCCAGGAGAUCGCGGAACUCAUCAAGACCAGCCGGGAUUCUUUCUCGUCAUUCGCCAAAGCAAAGACAGCCAAGCUAGUCCGUCAGCUUUUGGACUUGUUUAGCGAGAUCCCCAACACUCUUGAUAUUCAGAUCGCCGUCAUUCAGUCCUGCAUCGACUGGGCCAUCUCCGAGCGGCGGUCCUUCCUUCGACAGAACCUUCAGACCCGGCUGGUAGCCAUCUACAUGCAGAAGCAAUCCUACUAUGACGCCCUGAGCCUCAUCAAUCCCCUCCUGAGUGAGCUGAAGCGACUGGACGACAAGCUGAUGCUGGUCGAGGUGCAGCUACUGGAAUCGCGAGUGUAUCAUGCUUUGGGCAACCAGGCCAAGGCACGCGCGGCCUUGACGGCGUCUCGGACAUCGGCCGCCUCCAUCUACACGCCACCGAAUCUGCAAGCCGGCUUGGAUAUGCAGAGUGGCAUGCUGCAUGCGGAAGAGAAGGACUUCAACACCUCGUACUCCUACUUUAUAGAGGCGUUGGAGGGAUACAGCUCGCUGGAUGAAGGUGAGAAGGCGACUGCAGCGCUUCAGUACAUGCUGCUCUGUAAGAUCAUGUUGAACCUGGCGGAUGACGUGACGAGUUUGCUGGGCUCUAAGCAGGCCCAGAAAUACGCUAGCCCUCGGCUGGAGGCCAUGAAAGCGGUGGCGCGCGCCCACGCCAACCGAUCGCUGGAAGAGUACGAAAAGGCGCUCUCGGACUAUCGAUUUGAACUCGGCAGCGAUGCCUUUAUUCGGAACCACCUCCGCCGUCUCUACGAUGCUAUGUUGGAGCAGAAUCUGAUUAAGGUGAUCGAACCGUUUAGCCGGGUGGAACUGGACCAUAUCGCCAAGAUGGUCGGGCUGGACACGCAGCAGGUGGAGAGGAAGCUGUCACAGAUGAUCCUGGACAAGGUGAUCAUCGGGGUCUUGGACCAGGGCUCGGGAUGUUUGAUCGUCUACGACGAGACGGAGCGGGACCAGGCAUACGAUGCCGCGCUGGAGACCGUUGAGAAGCUAAGCAACGUGGUGGAGGAACUGUACACGAAUCAGGCAUCGCUUCUGGAGUGA